CUUUUUGCUGAUACGUUUCCCCUCCUCAGUAACGGUAACUUUCCCCCCAAGUCACAGCCUUUCCAUCAUCGUUUGGAGUCUUUGGACCCGGAAAGAUGGCCGCAUACCAUACAUAACGACACUCGCCCAUUCAAUCCCUUUCCCCUCCCACUUCUUCUCGGAACUGUGAAGCUACUGCAAGAAAAGCAAUGGGGGUGGGAGGGCAUUUCUGGGACUUGCUGAAGCCCUAUGCCCGAACCGAAGGCUUUGAUUUCCUGAGGAACAAACGGGUCGCUGUAGACCUCUCCUACUGGAUCGUCCAGCACGAGACCGCUAUCAAGACCCAUGUCAGAAAGCCACACAUCAGGCUUACUUUCUUCCGUACCAUCAAUCUCUUCUCUAAGUUUGGUGCAUUUCCGGUCUUUGUCAUCGAUGGAACUCCAUCACCGCUUAAAUCGCAGGCAAGAAUUGCAAGGUUUUUUCGUGCUUCUGGCAUUGAUUUGUCAGAUUUUCCGGUUGCUGAAGAGGGUUUUCCGGUUGAGAGGAAUGGUGCAUUUUCAACAUGUGUUCGAGAGUGCGUGGAACUGCUUGAGCUUUUGGGGUUGCCUGUGGUAAAAGCAAAAGGAGAGGCAGAAGCAUUGUGUGCACAGUUAAACAGUGAAGGUUAUGUAGAUGCUUGCAUUACUGCCGACAGUGAUGCAUUCCUCUAUGGGGCUAAAUGUGUCAUCAAAUGUGUUCAGCCCAAUUCCAAAGAACCAUUUGAAUGCUACCACAUAUCAGAUAUUGAAGCUGGUACUGGGUUGAAGAGGAAACACUUGAUUGCUAUAUCUCUUUUGGUUGGCAAUGACCAUGAUUUGGAUGGGGUGCAAGGGAUUGGGCUUGAUACAGCUCUUCGCUUUGUCCAAGCUUUUGCCGAAGAUGAGAUACUGAAUAGGCUAUAUGAAAUAGGCAAUGGGGAUACUCCACUGUUUCAAGGUGGCAUUAAAUCUAUAGAUGAUCAUACGCCUAGUUCGGAUAAGAGCUCACCAAAGAUAAGAUGUUGUCACUGUUCCUUCUGUGGACAUCCUGGAAGCAAGAGGGCUCAUUAUAAGUUUUCUUGCGAAUACUGCAGUACUAGUAAUGUUGAAGGUUGCAUGAAAAAGCCAGAUGGAUUUAAAUGUGAUUGCCCCUCCUGUGGUGUGGCUCAGAAGGAGAAAGAACAGAAAAGGAAAGAAAAUUGGAGAAUGAAAGUUUGCAACAAGAUUGCAUUGCAGACGAAUUUUCCCAAUGAGAAGAUAAUUGCAAUGUAUUUGUGCGACAACCAUGGUUAUUUUGCUGGUCUAUUACAGAGAUUUUUUUUGAAUGUUUUUACAGCAAAAGAUGGCCCUUGCAUAUCAUGGGGAAGCCCAAAAACUGAAAUGCUGGUUGAUUUCUUGGCUUUUAAUCAGAUCUGGGAGCCAUCUUAUAUUCGGCGGAUGAUGCUCCCCAUGUUGUCCACCAUUUUCUUGAGAGAAAUGGCUGUAAAUUCUGUAAAAACUUUGUUGUAUGGACAGUAUGAGUUUGACUCUGUGCUGCGUGUAAAGAUCAGAUACGGACAUCCAUUCUAUCUGGUCAAGUGGAGAAAAGUUGCAUCAGCUCUGGGGAGUGCUAUGUAUACAAUCCCUACUGAGGAGUCUGAUAGGCAACAAGAUGUUAUAGCAUCUGAUGAAUCUCCUAAUUUAUUGGAAGGCCCCGAUGUUCCAGAGAUUCAUGUUGAUGAGGAGGGUUACUUCUACCUGUUGACAGAUGAAAAUAUGGACCUUGUUCAGGCUGCUUUUCCAGAAAAGGUUGACAGUUUUUUGCGUGAAAAGGAACUGAAAGAAUCAAAACGAAGAAAGAGUUCAAGCUUGAGAUCUGAAAGGACCAUCGAAAAGUCAGAAUCAAAAGGUGUCCAGCUAAGUAUCACUGAAUUCUAUCGUUCAACCAAAGUACAAAUUCAGGUGAAACCAGGAGGUCCAGACAAGGUUUCCGAUGGUUCAGGUGUGGAGAACUCAAAAGGGAAAAGGGAAGUUUCAAGUCCAAAUAUUUCCAAGUCUGUUAGACGUCGCCUUUUAUUUAACUAGAUCAUUUUAACCUUUUUGAUCCUUUGCUGCCAUUUAGUAGAUAUCAUGAGUUGAGAUAUAAAGAAAUUGGCGGGGGAUAUCUUUGUAAAUAAAGUGUUAGGUUUACGUGGUAUGGAGUGGCUCGCAAUGUUUUCCUCUAGUCAGACUCUGUUUCUUCUUGUGCAUCUGUGCAAAUCAAUUUUUUUUUUUUCUCUCUUUGCAA